AUGGACGGAUUGAACGCGUACCGCACGGCACGAGUGGCUGAGGUGCUCUCUGACUUCCGUACGCUGCAGUACUACAUCGCCGCGGCGCCUACGGACCCAGACAAUAUGGACGACUACUACACCGAAGGGUGGGCGGCGCUGCGCCAGUGCGCCCUUGACGGGCAGCACAUUCUCAACUGCGGCGCCGACACGUCCGUGCCCGAGGCGCGCGGAGGGCCUGACGAGCAGGCCAAGGCGGAGCUGCAGCAGGUGCUGCUUGAUGCCUACGCGAGGAGGCACGAAGGCCAGAAGAUCUACCUGCGGCAGGCGGCGGCGCAGCGGUGGAUAGAGUGGCGGGACUCGGUGCUCCAGGGGACACGGCCGUCGUCGAGGACUCAGUCGCAUCUGAGGGCCUGCGACCAGCAGUUGCGAGCACGCUUUCGACAGGAGCUCCAGGCUAUCACGGACGAGGGCAUCUACGGCGAGCUGCAGGCGCAGGACGUGCAGAUGGGCCGCUGGACGGCCGAGGACCCGAGCCUGCGGUCGGUGCAGCGCUGGCUGCGGACGAGGCGGUAA